AUGGCGAAAACGUUAAUAAUAACAGGGGUGAUAUUGCUACUGUGUGUAAUAGAAUAUGGAGAAGCAGCAGCAACGGAGUACGUGAAAUACAAAGACCCAAAGGUGCCGGUGGAGGACAGAGUGGAGGACCUGUUGCAGCGCAUGACCCUGGCCGAGAAAGUUGGCCAGAUGUGCCAAGUCGACCGGAGCAAUUACUCCCUCGCGCCUGGCCCUGGCUUCGUCCGCAAAUACAUGAUCGGGAGCAUAUUGAGCAAUCCGUACGACACGGGGGCGAAUCCGGCAAUGAGGAUGGGUCUGGCUAAUACGAUCCAGCAAGAGAGUCUCAGCACAAGGCUGGGGAUCCCGAUCAUUUACUCGGUGGACGCCGUCCAUGGCCACAGCACUUUCAUCAAUGCCACCGUUUUCCCCCACAACGUUGGCCUUGGAGUUACUAGGGAUCCUGAGCUUAUAAGAAGGAUUGGAGCUAUCACGGCGGAGGAAGUGAGGACAACGGGAAUUGCUCAAGCCUUUGCCCCUUGUGUUGCGGUGUGCCGAGAUCCAAGAUGGGGAAGGUGUUACGAAAGCUACAGCGAAGAUCCUUCGAUUGUGAAUAUGAUGACAGACAUCAUCGAUGGCUUGCAAGGAAAAGUUCCUCAGGAACUCCAAGGCCGUCCGUUCCUAGCUUCCCCGAACAAUGUGGGUGGUUGCGCAAAACACUUCGUGGGAGACGGAGGAACAGAAAAGGGCAUAAACGAGAUGAACGCAGUGUUAGACAACCGUACAUUGUACGAUAUACACAUGCCGCCAUUCGAGCUGGCCAUCAAGAAAGGCAUCACAUCCAUUAUGGCUUCUUUCUCCAGCCUCAACGGCGUGAAGAUGCAUGCCAACAAACCCUUGCUCACCGAUUACCUCAAGAACACCCUCAAAUUCCAAGGUUAUGUCAUCUCUGACUGGCUUGGGAUCGAUAGGAUAACCACUCCUGAGCGUGCGAAUUACACUUAUUCGAUAGAAGCAUCCAUCAACGCCGGCAUCGACAUGGUUAUGGUCCCAUUUCAGUUCGUAGAGUUCAUAGACGGUCUGACCGAUCUGGUGAACCGUGGAUUCAUCCCAAUGGCCCGCAUCGACGACGCUGUCCGCAGGAUCUUGCGUGUGAAAUUCGCAAUGGGUUUGUUUGAGAACCCUAUGGCUAAUCCAAGUCCGACUUUUAAGCUCGGAUCGCAGGAACACAGAGAAGUAGCGAGAGAAGCAGUGAGGAAAUCUAUGGUGCUGCUGAAGAACGGGAAGAACGAGAAUGAGAAAGUGAUACCAUUGACGAAGAACCCUAAAAAGAUUCUGGUCGUCGGUCCACAUGCCAAUAACUUGGGCUGGCAAUGCGGCGGUUUCACCCUCACUUGGCAAGGAUUCAAUGGAACCAACGUCCCUAGUAACGCCAGACUCCGUCUUCCCACCGACGAUACCACCGGUACGACCAUCUUGAAAGCCAUAAAAGAUACGGUGGAGAUAACCACCAAAGUGGAAUACGUAGAGGAAGCAACCCCGGAGACAGUCAACAUGCACCGGGACGCAUCCUAUGCGGUGGUGGUCGUUGGAGAGCAGCCGUACGCCGAGACAAAGGGGGAUAACCCGACACUGGCACUCCCUGACCAAGGCGUUGCCGCGAUCAAGAACGUUUGUGGUCGUGGCCUUAAGUGUAUCGUGAUUCUGAUAACGGGACGUCCACUGGUGAUCGAACCGUACCUCGACAUGAUGGAUGCCCUGGCGGUCGCGUGGCUGCCGGGAACAGAAGGCCAAGGCGUAGCCGACGUUCUCUUCGGCGACUUUCCGUUCACCGGAACGUUGGCACGUACGUGGAUGAAGAACGUGGCCCAGCUUCCUAUGAACGUUGGUGACGCGCGUUAUGACCCUCUUUUCCCCUUUGGGUUCGGAAUCAAAACCUAA